AUGGAUAUAGAAUCAAAACUGGCUUCUCCAGAUGUGGACCCAAGUUUUAAACCCCAGAUGCGCGUUCGCUCCAACACGUGGCCCCUCCGGCCUCAGGAAGUUAGCUCCGGUGACGGACCUGACCCCCAGAACAGUCCGUUGCACGAGGAACCUGGGUGUCCGGUCGCUAUAGGUGACGGUGGCACGCCUGGUGGUAAAGAUGCUUUGACUGUCAACAAGAAAUCUUCGUCAAGAAGGAAUGCAUGGGGUAAUUUAUCGUACGCUGAUCUUAUAACUAAAGCCAUACAAAGUUCCCCGGAGCAACGCCUAACCUUGUCGCAAAUUUAUGAAUGGAUGGUUCAAAAUGUGCCAUAUUUUAAGGAUAAAGGAGACAGCACUAGCUCUGCAGGAUGGAAGUUCUCUGUUUGCCUUUUAGUCAGUAUGAAAGACGUUACCCAUGACCUUUUACUGGGCCUCUAA